AUGGAGGGCUCGGUCGAGAUGCUCUGCCUUCACAGGAUCUUUCCUGAUUUCCAGGGUCCCAUUGCCCUCCAGGACCCUGGGUCCUUUCACGGCUACCCGUCCUCGGAAACAGCCCUAACUACAAUUUCCGAUAAGUCACAAACGGAUAUCCAAACAAGCGAGGACCAGCCCGAAUUGGUCGUUGCCAACCUGGACAAUAUACCCGAGUCUCGCAACCGAAUCUUUAAAGAUGCCUUCAAAAUCGAUGCGCCACGGGUGACUGAGGAUAAAGCUGCCAUGAGGUCCUUUAAGUCUGUCAUUGGCAAGCCACGCGAAUACCCAAACGAACAUGCGACAAAAGAGAGCAUGAGUGAGCAUAUGCGGGACGCACGACGACAGGCUGGCUUGGGUGUCGUCUGGAGCCACUUCAACCGAACGCUUCCAGAGUGGGAAGUGUGUUUUAGCCUGAUGAAGCAAACGACACCGCAAUGGAGUGAACGGGCCAGCAUGUCAGCCGUAAGGAUCGUGCUGCCAAAAUCGUGGGAUAUCGAAGUCAACAACCAGAAUCUCGAAUACGUCGACUCCGCAACGGGUGUCCUUCAGAAGCUACGAGCGGCGGUGGAUAGAAACCCUUCUGCCAUUGUGUUACGUGGAAAAAGCAAGAUCUUGGUCAAGGUGGCCGAUGAGAUUGUGCGACAUUGCAAAGAAGCUGAAAUCUAUGAACUGGGAGAAGUUGCGAGCUCGGAUUAUAAGACACGACAACUGUGGCCGACUAUCGAGAAUGCUCCCAACGGAGGUGCCUCGCUCCCGGAAGACCACAACGACAACAUUUGGGUGCAUAAAGAAUACCAACCACACUUGAUUGCGGUGCCAUAUGAGAGGAUCCCACGGCCUGCGGUAUGGACACGAGACAACCUCGAACACUAUGUUGCAACGUUGUGCUACGGCAAACUAUCUGCACACCUGGCCAUCCCCUUCUAUGGCGAGCGGCGCCCAAACGGUAGGUACAUCGACACGGAUGGUGUUAGGAUCAAGCUCAUCCUUGAUGCUAUUGAAGAUCCCACAGCUAGACCGUUCAUCACGGUUUCUAUUCUCAAAAUGGCCAUAUCCAUGAUUGCAUUUCGGGGUGGACAUCGUGCCUCUGCCCAACGGCUUGUACAAUACGGCGAGGAAUGGGGAAUCCCCAUGGACACCGAUAUUUAUAACAUCAUGCUUGAGAGCUAUGUCCACAAGCGUGACAUUGGCUUCUUUUACGGUUUCCUUCGCAGAAUGCGGGCACGGUAUUACCAACCUAACAUUCGAACCUGGCUUCUCUUUCUCCAACUGAUCAAAGGAGAGGAUGAAAGGAGACAGGUAAUCGUGGCCAUGUACCAACUCGGAAUGUUCAACCACGCUGCUACACGUCGUGGUAUUGCUGAUGCAAUGGCCUCUAUCGAUGCAUAUGCUGCUUUCAAAGCUGGCAGAUCUUUAAAGGGCUUCAUGGCUGACCAAAAUGAGCGUUAUGGUGAGGGAUGGUUGGCAAUUGAUGGUCUCAACAGCAUCGUCACCCAGCUGCUCCGCUUCCACCGCCCGGAAGAUCCCCGAAUUGAAGACUGCAAAACAUUAGUGAACAUACACAUUGAUGCAGGCCAUCAUAUUGAGCUUAGGACAAUCAACAUCCUCCUAAAACAAGCAGCAAUGAAUCGAGAUUGGGACAUUGCUCUAUGGGUCAUGUCGCUAUUCAAAAAUGCCGGCUGCGAGCCUGACCAAGAAACGUAUGCUACUCUUAUAUUCCUCGCCAUCAGAACACGCGCGCCGCAUGCUCUGGGAACUGUCUACUUCUACGGUGUUCUUCACCGGAAACUCAAGAUGGGCUCGAGACAGAUGUUGAGCAAGGUGCUCCUCCGUACGCACGGCGACUCCUUUUGGAACAAAUUCCAACACCAGCCUGGCAUCCUCCCCUGGCAAUCCAUCCCUGAUCUCUACAAACACAAGAUCCCUCGCCUCUGGGCCGUCAUGUCCCGCGUAGAACGUCUCGUCCUCGACAAAUGGGAAGGCUAUAUACCCGUCAAGCCCCUCGAGCGUUCUGUCGAACUUGCCUAUCGCUCCAACGACCUGCCCAUGCAAUUCCAGGUCCGCAACCGCAAACCAAUCAAAGUGCGUGAUCUCGCCGUCAAGCUUCGCAGAUUAGACGGUGAACCGGGAAAUAUCAACGUCAGUCUUAAAGGUCGUUUCGAUCCGGCACGCAUGGUUGAGGACUGGGAGCAUGCCAAGGCGGACCCUGAUCAGUUUACUGAUCUAGGUCGAGACGAUCGUGAAAGCUGGCCUGAUAUCGAUCCUCCAGAGCAAUUAUCAGCAGGUGAUAAGCCGGCGUCUGAACACAGAGACGACGAUGCUGAGCACAAUCUGCCGGGGAAGUAA